UCAUAUGACUUGUGGUUCCGCAGAAUUGGGUACAGUCAUUUACAGUUGUCAACAACAGUCCAAGUUUCCGUCCCGAGGUUUAAACUGUGUUCGGGAGGUUUUCACACUGAAUAUGUCAGCCUCAUAAAACUGUUUAGGAUUUCAGCUCACCGUCGUCCUAGGAUAACCAAUGUCAGAUGUCCGUUGCCAUGUCUAGUCUGGAGAGCCUGCGGUCCUCUGUGUUUACCUUUGAGUCCUCAGUGCACAGCUGCCAUGUGCUGCGUUGUCUGGACGACCAGCGGAGGCGUGACCUGCUGUGUGACAUCACUGUGCUGGCCGAAGGGAGGAGUUUCAGGGCCCACCGUUCUGUGCUGGCCUCCUGCAGCGACUACUUCACACACAGGGUCUCCUCCCACGCACCACAGGGACUUGUCGUCACCCUGCCUCAGGAGGUGACGGUGAGUGGCUUGGAGCCCCUGCUGCAGUUCGCCUACACGUCCAAGCUGCUCUUCAGUAAAGAGAAUGUCAUGGAGAUACGACACUGUGCCUCUGUUCUGGGUUUCAGGGAUCUGGACUCGGCCUGUUUUGACUUCCUCCUGCCCAAGUUCUUCAGCAGCAGUUCGUCCUCCUUCCAGAGGAAGACCUGCUGUAAGACACGGUGCAGGAGACAGUCUCCCUGGUCAGAGCUUAGCGACAUCAACACGAACAAGGAUGUCUUAGAUGAUGACAAAGGGGUCCGGGUGGUUUCUGAUUCGCCCGUUGAACAGGAUGUGGGUGGCCAACCAGCAAAUGACGAGACGGGACGUAAAAGCAUAAAUCUCACCCAUCCUCCUGAAGCCGAUAUCCAAUCAGACGGCCAGACUGACUACUCCCUACAAUGCCCCAAGUACCGUAAGUUCCAGCAGGCUUGUGGGAAGGCGAGGCCGUGUGUGGAGAUCUGUGUCCCAGAAACAAACCAUGACUCCCCAGUGGUGAGAGAGGAGGGUUGCCCUCUACCCCUGCACCUUCCCAAGUCCUUGCGACCCUGUUCCAGUGGUGGAGGAUUCAGGGAAGGUCCUGCAGUGGAGACUUCUGGAGAAAACUCUUCACUUCUCUCACAGACACAGACUGACCAGGCAGGACAGGGUGAGGUGGAGCAGAGGACUGACCAGGCAGGACAGGGUGAGGUGGAGCAGAAGACUGACCAGGCAGGACAGGGUGAGGUGGAGCAGAGGAAUGACCAGGCAGGACAGGGUGAGUUGGAGCAGAGGACUGACCAGGCAGGACAGGGUGAGGUGGAGCAGAGGACUGACCAGGCAGGACAGGGUGAGGUGGAGCAGAGGACUGACCAGGCAGGACAGGGUGAGGUGGAGCAGAAGACUGACCAGGCAGGACAGGGAGAGGUGGAGCAGAGGACUGGAGAAGAGGAUGAUGAGGAGAAGAGAGAGAUGGACGAGAGAAGGAGAGAGGCAGAUGAAGAGAACACAGAGAAGUAUGAGAGGAGAGGAGAGACAGAAGAGAGGAGCAGAGGAGAGACAGAAGAGAGGAGGAGAGGAGAAACAGAAGAGAGGAGGAGAGGAGAGACAGAAGAGAGGAGCAGAGGAGAGACAGAAGAGAGGAGCAGAGGAGAGACAGAAGAGAGGAGCAGAGGGGAGACAGAAGAGAGGAGCAGAGGGGAGACAGAAGAGAGGAGGAGAGGAGAGACAGAAGAGAGGAGCAGAGGAGAAACAGAAGAGAGGAGCAGAGGAGAGACAGAAGAGAGGAGCAGAGGAGAGACAGAAGAGAGGAGGAGAGGAGAGACAGAAGAGAGGAGCAGAGGAGAGACAGAAGAGAGGAGCAGAGGAGAGACAGAAGAGAGGAGGAGAGGAGAGACAGAAGAGAGGAGCAGAGGAGAGACAGAAGAGAGGAGCAGAGGAGAGAGGGCUUCUGGAGUUGACUGUCAUAGCUCUAUCCUUCCUCUCGUGGAGGUGUCUAGUGGUCGGCUUGUCAGCUGUGAAGAGAGCCCAGGGUUGGGUACAGCACCACACCGAUGUCCCCUGGAGACACCCGGGCUGGACAAGCAGAGCCCUGGAGGUGUGGGGGAAGGAGGUUGUGUUCUAGGGGGUAGAGGGCACCAUGAAGGGAUAGAUCCAGCUGUCUCCUGCCUGCCACAGACAGGACAGGAGCAGGGAGAGAGAGAGAGGAGAAAGGUGGGGAGACUGAUAGAACAUGGAAGAAGUGAAAGUGGAGCAGUAGAGAGGAGAGAGCGAGGAUGGGAAGAGAGGAGCAGCGUGGAAAGAGAGGUGGCUGAACACUUGGCCCAUGGCCUCUGGUCAGAGCUCCCCUCUUCUCCUCCCCUCCUCCAGGACUUCCCUGGGACUGAGUCUGGGAACCUCCAGAGCAGCAGCUCCACCUUGGACUGGCUUCACCAGCUUGACAUCAGCUCCGGUACCGGGGACUGUCCCUUCCUCCACGGCUUGGACAGGGAGACAGACGGAGGGACGGACAGAGGGACAGGGGAGGGGACGGACAGUGGGACAAUGAGCGCGACUGGGCUGGGGUGCGAGGGGUCGUCCCAGUUAGAGAAGAGUCCCUGUGUGUCCUCCCUGACAUCUGGAGACGAUGGAGACUCUGACUGCUUCGAUAUGGAGGGAGACAGCGAGUCCUGUUCCUACAGCCAGAGAGUCAGGGAGGUGCAGCUGCCGUUCUCUGUGGGUCACAUCGCGGGGUUGAGCAGGAAUGACUUCCAGCUGAUGCUGAGGCACCAGACCCUGACCAGAGAGCAGCUGGACUUCGUCCACGACGUCAGACGCAGGAGUAAGAACCGCGUCGCAGCGCAGCGCUGUCGCAAGAGGAAGCUGGACUGUAUACACAACCUGGAGUGUGAGAUAGACAAACUGAGGACAGAGAAAAACCAGCUGAUAUCAGAGAGGACCCAUCUGAACCAGAUGAAGCUGAAUACUUGGCACAGUGUGUCCGCUCUUUGUCAGAGAGUCUGCAGCGAGGCCGCCCUGAGACCAGAACAACUCCAGGUCCUAGCCAAGUACACCUCCCCAGACUGCCCUCUCUCUGCUCUCAUCUCCCCUGCAGACCCAACCUCCCCUGGGCUAGGAGGACUACUACAAUCCCAGGCCUCUCCCUAGGCCUGCUCCUCCUCAGGCCUAGCCUCAGAUACCUGUCAGAACCCUUCGGAACCUUCGGAACCUUCGGAACCCUCGGCCAGCUGCUCCAGGGACACACCCACAGGGGAGGAGUUCUCAGGUGAUUGAACAAGCCUUCAGGUAUAUACAGCUGUGUGAUCAGUUGACUGGAUUCCCAUGCCCAUGGAUGAGUGUGAGUGUGGACACCUUCAUCAUCGUCAUCAUCGCCAUUUCAUAGACUUUCUUCUACAGGCAAAGACACUGUGGUUGUGUUCCAAUAAUCUCUCCUUCCUCAGAGGUGCGCUCGGUUACUCACUAAAGCAUCAGAUUGGUGUGGGCACUGAGCAGGGAUGAAUUAAACAGGAAAGUAUUGUCCAGCGAUUGACACGGUUACAUACAUGCUGACAGUAUUUCAACCACAUGAAAGAUGAACUGAAAUCUACCACCAGAGAUAAACUGUGUGUGUGCGCGUGUGUGUGUGCGUGUGUGUGUGCGUGCGUGUGUGCGUACGUGCGUGCGUGUGUGUGUGUGCGUGCGUGUGUGCGCGUGUGUGUGCGUGUGUUUGUGUGCGUGUGUGUUUGUGUGCGUGCGUGCGUGCGUGCGUGUGUGUGCGUGUGUGUGUGCGUGUGUGCUUCUGUGCGUGUGUGUGUGCGUGUGUGUGUGUGCGUGUGUGCCCGUGCGUGCAUGUGUGUGCGCGUGUGUGUGUGCGUGUGUGUGUGUGCCCGUGCGUGCGUGUGUGUAUACAGUACCAGUUUUGAGCUGCUCUUGCCAUAACAUGGACUUGAUCUUUUACCAAAUAGAGCUUCUUCUGUCUACCAUCCCUACCUUGUCACAACACAAAUGAUUGGCUCAAACACAUUAAGGAAAGAAAUUCCACAAACUAACUUUUACCAAGGCACACCUGCUAAUUUAAAUGCAUUCCAGGUGACUACCUCAAAGCUGGUUGAGAGAAUACCAAGGGUGUUCAAAGCUGUAAUCAAGGCAAAGGGUGGCUACUUUGAAGAAUCUAAAAUAUAUUUUGAUUUGUUGAACACUUUUUUUGGUUACUACAUGACUCCAUAUGUGUUAUUUCAUUGUGUUGAUGUCUUCACUAUUAUUCUACAAUGUAGAAAAUAGUCAAAAUCAAGAAAAACCCUUGAAUGAGUAGGUUGUCCAAACUUUUGACUGGUACUGUAUAUACACAUGAGAAGCACUAUAUUUAGUCUGAUAUUUAUAUCAUAAAUAGCCAACAACAUGUCGGAAAUUAGAAGCAGAACUUCAGUGACGUCAACUCGAUUAUUGAGGCGACCAUUCUAUCGAUUCAUGACACCAGUCUUUUCCUAUCAAAUCCAUGAAGAGAAGUGAACAAGUGCACACUUUGGGAGAAAGGAGUUGAAAAGUUGGGAUGUAACCUGUGUGAAAUAAUACCAUAUUACAAUCCAACCACAACAACCUAUGCAACUUAAUGAAUAUGAAUAUUCGUUGAACAUGAAGAAUGUAAUUACUACUAAAGUUAUAUUUCUCUGUGUCUUCUUUGACAGCUGUACACCUCAAACCGCUAAUUUUAGUGUUUUGUUAAUUGUGCCUUAUUUUGUUAUAACGAGCAUUCCUUUGUGAACAAGUUAGUUAAAAUUAUAUGCCAUGUUUUUCAAAGGCCUUCCUCUGGACUUUCCCCUGAACAUGUUCAAUAGCACACAAAGCCAAGGUAACCUUCCGUCAACCUAAGGGUUAACUUUUGGUUAAGUUACGGACAGCUGUGGUGAACCUGUGGUCAUUGAUCGUCUAUAUCGAUCUCAGGAGGCGACUGUGAUGAUCGCUGGACCGUGUGUUCUAGAACUCUGAAGGAUUCCGGAAAACAUUUCACUUUGAACUGGCUUGGGGGACAAUACUAUUUUAAAUUCAGGACAAUUCUACUAUAUGACCUAUUCCAAAACACACAACACACCUCAUGGAGAGAGUGUCUUCUCAGGUAUAGCAAUGCAAUGUACAGAACUCACUUAAAAAAAAAUAAUUAAAAAACCAUCUGUCUUUGUCCCUCUC